GUACUCGCUCACAUGUGACAACAGAAGGUCAAACAUGGCUGUGUGCACCAAAGCACUGGAUAAAGUCGUGUUUUCGUUAAGGCUAAUACGAAACCUCCAGCUUCAGAAUGAACGGUUUCUAUCCUCAUCCCUGCCUCGUCUUGCUGCGGGAAGCGACAGCCAGCAGCCACCCAGAUUCACUCCUCCUCCCAAACCCGUCAUCAUAGACAAGACACAGACCGUCACAUCACAGCGAAAGUUUCUGAGUCCGGAGUUCAUCCCUCCCAGACAGAGGACGGACCCUGCCAAGUUUUCCAUGGAGAGGAAAGACAUGGUCCGCAGGAGGAAAGUGCUCGACAUCCCCGAGUUCUACGUGGGGAGUAUCUUAGCUGUGACCAUGGCCGACCCUGAUGCCAGUGGGAAGACAAAUCGCUUCGUGGGCAUCUGUGUCCAGAGGGGAGGCAAGGGGCUGGGCGCCACUUUCAUUUUGAGGAACAUCAUUGAUAACCAAGGUGUGGAGAUCUGCUAUGAGCUGUACAGUCCUCGGAUCCAGCAGAUCGAGGUGCUGAAGCUGGAGAAGAGGCUGGAUGACAACCUGAUGUACCUGAGAGACGCCCUGCCUGAGUACAGCACUGUGGACCCCAGCAUGAAGCCUGUCCCCUUCUCGCCCACAGGAGAAGUGCCAGUCAACAAGCUCAAGGUGAAGAUGCGUCCAAAACCGUGGUCCAAACGCUGGGAGCGGCCCAAGUUCAACAUCCAGGGCAUCCGCUUUGACCUGAGCCUGACCCCCGAGCAGAUGGAGCACGCGCAGAAGUGGGCGCAGCCUUGGGUGCAGUACGACAUGCUGAAGGAGUACGACACCUCCAGCCUGGAGGAGAAGAUCCACACUGAGGUCCAGCAGGAGAUGAGCAAGUGAGGGAAACACAACACAAACUUUUCCAGGGAUUUGAAUCUGUCCUGAUGUGGAACAUCCAACAGGACUGUGACUCUGUGAUUCUCCAGCUCAUCCGACAUUCAACAGGAUUCAGAUGAAAACUCACAUCGGUGUAACAGGCUCGGCUUGAGAGAGCCACACGAGUGAAUGUAUGGACAAGUGGAUUUGCCAAGGGAGCAGGUGAUGUACUGUAUGGAUUAAGGCCUGUCUCAUGUUGUCCUGUUUUUCAGUGUACAGGGUAUGAGCUCUCUCAGUGUCAGGGCCUUUAAACUCUGUACUAUACAAUAAACAGCGCCAUUCACUGGUUUCUAAAAUAAAAAUGCUAUUAAACUGAAA